AGGAAAAUGAAAAAUAGAAAACAUGGAAGACACGUAUCUUAAUCAGGCUCCGCAAGGGACAUCUCUUAUGGGACAGCUGUCGAAACAUGAGUGGGUGGAGGAGAGGUUUGGUGUUUCGACCUUCUCGGCUUCUCUCUCGAAUCCUCUCCUCGACGUGCAACGACGAUGACAAAGUCUGUCUCCCUUGGUGGCUCCGGUCGGGCUCUUCCGAUGGUGCUUCCCCCUUCCCGCCCUUUGAGUGAGGAAGAUCGACAAUGGUUCAUGGAAGCAAUGCAAGGACAUACGAUCGAUUCAAUUUCUCGUAUGAAACAAAUAUCUCAAAUCAUGAAAAUGCCUGAACACCUCUUGGAUUCUCAAGGAGUCACAACAAGCGAUCUUGAAGGAAUGUUGGAUGAGUUGCAGGAACAUGUCGAGUCUAUCGAUCUAGCCAAUGGUUUGAUCUCUUACACCAAACAUUUUUUUGUUCUUUUGUUACAUAAAACAUUUUUUUUAAGAAUUCCUAAAUAAGAGACUCUUAUUGAAGCAAAAAAAUGUUGGUGUCUCUUGACUAGGUCUCUUAAGUAAUAUUUAAUACUUAAAAAUCAUUAAGAAAUUCAAAUUGAGUUUUUGGGUUAA